GAAUGUUCACUUUGCUCUUUUACUUGGGCUCUAUUUUCUUUUACGCACUCUACUUUUGGCUAUAGCGGCUUUCACGUUUCGAUAUUCAUCCUUUUGCUCUGAGAAAACGUUUAGUGACGUAAAAGUUUGUAAGCGCGUUGGAUUCAGCUUUAAUAAUUAAUUUACGGUGUGGACUGCAAAGCGAUAUUGACCCGAAGAUACAGGAUCCACCAAGGUCACUUAUUUAAGAUGGGUAGUAAACAAGAAAUGUCUAAUUUUUUCUCAGAGGGAGAAAUAAAUAAAGUCAUCGAUUUGGCAUCGGUAAAGAUUGGUAAUUAUUCAGAGUGCUCAUUGGAUAUGAUGGAUCCAAUAGCUUUUGUAACCCCUACAGGAACACUGGAGCAAGAGUUUAUAGAAAAUACUGUCUUCAUGGAUCAUACACGUUUUCUCUGAGCCCAAAUCUUGAGCUAGCCAUAACAGGCACUACAGACGGUCUAAUGUACAUUUGGGAUACUAAUACAGGAAAUAAUAUUAAUAUAAUAAGAUGUGGGUAUAACUGCAGAAGCGUUACAUUCGCAGAGUUCAAUCAUGAUGGAACCUACAUAGCCACUGCAAGUUAUGGCGAAGAAGGUUUCAUAAGAGUAUGGGAAGUAAGCUCUAAAACUAAUUUCGACUCGACGCUCAUAGAUGAAUUAGCCUUGGUAAAAUGGCAUCAUUCAGCCAAUAUCUUAUUAGCAAUGAAUAAUGAUGGAGAUACUUAUAUAUUCAACUUUCUAUCAAAGGAGGAAGUAACAAAGGAGCUGAUUAAUGCAAAUGAAAUAAUUUCCCCGAAAUGUGGUCUUAUUUGCCCAGAUGGAAAAUUUGUGGUAGGAUGCAAAUUUGGUCCAAAGAACAAAAACUACUAUAGAGAAAAUGAGAUGUUAUAUGCUAGUACCUUUCGUUUAAUACGUAGCUUAAACUUAAACUAUAACUAUGAGGAAGACAUCAGAUUACCCAUUUCUGAAGGUUAUAAAGAUGAUAUCAUCAGCAUCGAUUGUGACGUAAACAAUAAAUUGUUAAUUUCAACGUCGAAAGACGGCAAGACUAGACUCAGUGCACCGCACAAUGGCGAACUAAUUGCGGUACUUCAAAACCUUAAUUUUGGAAAACAUGAUUAUUGUAUAGAGGAUGAGCAAAAAAGUAAAAAACAUAAUGAUUGUACAAAGGAUGAGCAAGAGAGUAAGUCCAAUAAAGAUUGGCCAAAUACAGUAGCGUUUUGUAGAGAUCCUACGCUUCCCUUAGCUGCCUCUGGAACGUAUAAUGGCAAACUUUUCAUAUGGGACGUUUCUAAACAGAUUCUUAAGUACACAAUACAUAUUUACCCGGGACGUCCUAUAACUAAAAUAUUAUGGAAAACUAACUCAACAAUAUUAUUUCUGAGUACAUCAGAUGGAAUAAUAGGUUGUGUUGAUGCAAAAACGGGCAAAUAUCUUUGGCUUUGCAAGGGACAAAUAUGGAUAGAGGAUUUAUAUAUGUCAAAGUAAGUUUUUUUCUAUAAUUAUAUUCACAUUAUACGUGAAAUACUGUGAGAUACACAUUAUACCGUUUUACGGCAUUCAUAAUAAUAACCAAGAAAUUAAUUGCGAAAAAUUAAAGAAAAACGCGCAUUGAAUAGUCGGAGGAGGAGCGCUUGAGUCGCAGCGCGACUCAGUAAUAUAGCGUGCGGCGAUUAGAAGAACAACGCGCGACUGCUUACUUAUAUCGCUGCGCUCCUACAUCUCGCCUCGACGCGGUGUGA